ACCACCUUUUCGCAUACAUUUCGUUUCGCUGUCGCCGUUGUCGGUUUGUGUGUGUUGCGCUUUUUUCGCUCGCUCGCUGCGCAAGGUAUUUUGUCGUUGUAAAUUUUUGCAUAAAUAAAAAUUCAUUACGCACCCGCACCGAAAAAACAAACCAAACAAUUUGUAGCACCAACAGCAACAACAAUAACAACAAUCAACAAGCAGCAACAGCUCGGAGUCAAGUGCGAAGUGCGGUCGAGUCAAUUUCUCAGUUUCUGUCUGUGUGGGCGCGCGCGAGUGCCUUCUGUGUGCAUGUGUGUGUGAGCAAGCCUCAAUCUCGUAAUCGUAAUCAACUUAUAACGUGCAACAAGAGCAGCGCACAGCUGACAUUCAAUAUCGCAUUCGUCGCGCSUGAAUUUGAUUGAGGAAGCAGCAGCAGCAGCAUUUGCAAUGCAUCCACGCUAUAGCCCCGCGCCGCCGCUGCACCAACAACACCAACAGCAACAGCAACCGCAGCAUCAACAGCCAAUGGGCGGGCCCCACCACCAGCACCAGCAUCAGCAGCAGCAGGUGGUAGGGGGCGGAAACGGACAUGGCGGCGGCGCACCUGUGCACAUGAGGGCGCCACCGAACUCACAGCAAUUGCCGCCGCAGAUGCCACGAUCACAGAAUUAUGCAAAUGUAAGUUGAAACGAUGUUUUAUGCUAUGGGUAAGCGAUACGACAAUUAACCGGGCUUAAAAGCUUUAAUGCAAAGCGAACUGGACGUUGGCUGAAUGAAACGAGUGAAUUGUAUGCAAGUAUGAAUGUUGUUGGAAAUGGAAACUCUGCAUGCUCUAUGAGUUCAAUUUGUAUAUGUCUUAUAUACCUGAUCAGCUCAGCAUAAGCUCUCUGCAUAUAGAGAUGUCUUAGUGUUCGUCGGUGUUUCUCUCUUUUCUAUAACACCUUGCUAGGCCUAAGUGGCUCCAAUACACUAGCACUUUCUGAUCGAGUGAGCAUCAAAGGCUGCUCUCCAUUUAGAGCAACCUAAUUCUGUUCGCCUAUAAAACGACGACACUGCAGCCGAGCUCAUUUAGUCGUAUAGCUGACCUUCACUUACUCAGUCGAGCAGCAGUGCCAGGCU